AUGGACUUGGUUCUGGAUAUUAUCAAAUCUGGUCCUCAAGAGAAGAAUGACUGGAAGACCGAGGCACUAGAAGUUGCGGUAGAGUACGAAAAUGAAUUUUUACUUGACGAACUAAUUUCACUAGGUGCCGAUGCGGAUAAUGACUUUAUCCUACAGGAAGCUAUAUGCGAUAAUUCUUCAAUGGUUAUGCCACUCUUGGAUCGGUUUUGGAAAGCUCAUCCACAAGGUCGUGCUGGAUAUGGUUGGGACAUUGUUUUGGAUGCAAUUGAGGAAUACUCGGUGUCACCUAAGCUUUUUGACCAGGUUUUUGCUUGGGAUCUUCUAAGGAUGAAUGUCAACUAUAAACUAUACCCGGACCAGAAAACUCUUCUUAUGGAGGCAAUCAAAACACACGAUUAUGGCGUUGUCAAAAAGUUGAUUGAUGCUGGUAGUAAUAUUAAUAUCAUUGCACGGGAAGGGGGGGGACCUGCGCAAUCGGGACAUGGUUAUGUCAGGACAACUCCUUUUUUGGAUGCUAUCAAGACUGGGAUUAUAGGGAUAGUUCAGCUCCUUGUUGAUCAUGGUGCGGAGGUGAACAAGCCAGCGAUGUACGGUAUACGUCGGACUCCUCUCCAGAAAGCUGCCGAAAUGAACAACCUCCCUAUCGUCCGUUUACUGUUAAGUAUUGGUGCCGAAGUCAACGCCAGCCCUGCAAUAUUCGAUGGGGCUACGGCGCUGCAAUUUGCAGCUAUUCAAGGCAACUGUGAGAUAGCAACAACUCUCAUAGAGCAUGGGGCUGACUAUAAUAUACCCCCACCUUUUGGAAGGCGCGGACGUUGGCCUCUGGAGGGCGCGGCCGAGAAUGGUCGUUUCGAUAUGAUAGAGCUUCUUUGGAAUGCCUUUCAGGGACUUUUCGUCGCCGGUGGUUUACUCUAUGUAAUCGGAUUCGCAUUUCGAGUUAACGGCGCAUUCGGGAACUGGGAUCAGCUGGGUCCAUUUGUCGUGAGCGUCGCUCUCAUCUACGUUAGCCCACCACUUCUGUCUCUUGCAAACUACGAAAUCCUCGCCCGGGUUUUCUACUACGUGCCCUACUUCUCCCCAAUGGAGCCGGGGAUGGUGCUCUCGACGUUCGCCUUUCUCUCCAUAGUGAUAGAAGGGAUAAAUGGAGUCGCCUCUUCUUUCAUAGCGAACCCGAAAAGCGACCCUGAGACGGGUACUGCUUUGAUGUGGGCAGCAUUGGCUCUCCAGCUCGCAAUCAUCGUGUUCUUCCUAGUCCUUGCUGGAUCUUUCCACCUGCGCUGCGUGCGGGCUGGAAUUGCGGGGGCGAAGGGUAUCCGGUAUACUCUCACCACGCUAUACGUGAGCAUGGGACUCAUCCUGAUGCGAACGAUCUACCGCGGCGUGGAACAUUCCGUACUGGCUGUGGCUAAUACCGAGUGGCCUUUCUACGUCUUCGAGGCCUUCCUUAUGCUCAUCAAUAUGCUCAUGUGGAAUGCCAUGCACCCGAGUCGCUUCCUUCCCGCCAAUUUUAGGACACACCUCACUCGCGACGGAGUGACAGAAGUGACGGAGGCAAAAGUUGAUAACCCGCAGUCUUUUGCCGUAAAGAUGCUGGUCGUGUUGACACUAGGCAUUUACCGUGGCCCCAAGCCGAAGGAUAAGAUGUCUCAAGGGACCGAUGCAAGUGGAGAUGGGGAGCGGCGUGUGGAGUUGGUGUAG